AUGUUUUGUUUGAAAGCAAACACUUUAUUAAAAUUCAAUACAAAUGUAGCGAUUGAUUGCUUAUUAUGUGAUGACUAUUAAAUUGAUUGAUUUAUUUGAUAAUACAUUAACCAUAUAAUGAUGGGUCAAACGACAUCAUCGAUGUCUUCAAGUCCUGAACACAUACUUUACGAUUUUGAAAGAGACAUAACUGUUACAAGACAUCAACGAUUUAAACAUCCGAGCGCUGCUUUCUUUCAUAUAAUCUUCAAGUUAUCAUCGAUUGUCACCUAUUUAUUUGGAGGUCUUUUUGGACAAGAUUUCUUGUCGAUAUUUGUAUUAUUAAUAUUAUUAAUAUCAAUGGAUUUCUGGACCGUUAAGAAUGUCACCGGAAGAUUACUUGUAGGUCUUCGGUGGUGGAAUCACGUCGAUGACGAUGGCAACAGUCACUGGCUCUUUGAGAAUAAACACAAUAAGGAUAAUAACGGUGAAGAUUCACUCAAAGGCCUCAACCAAUUGACUGACAAUACGGCCGAUUCAACCAUUUUUUGGACGGCACUAAUAAUCGCACCGUUACUUUGGUUUAUCUUACUGUUAGUCACUAUUUUUCGACUUAAUAUCCAGUGGUUUAUGGUGGUAUCUUUAGCUCUUGUAUUGAGUUCAUCUAAUCUCUACGGCUAUAUUCGCUGCAAAUUAGGUGGUAAUUUCAAAUCAGUUUUAACACAAUAUGUGGGAAAACAAAUCUUUUAUAACUUCAUGUCAUCGUCUAAUCAGAAGACAACACAGAAUACCAGUCCAUAUCCCAGCGCUUGA